AGGGGGAGGGGGCAACACUCUAAUCCAGGUCCUCCAGCCCCUCAGAGACCCUUACCCAUCCCGGGGAGUAUUGGCUCCCAGCUCCGAUCUGGCCUUUUUCUUCUCUUUCAGCCUCUUGAGUAACCCCUGUGGGGAGGAGGAUGUCAGCUGAACAGAACCCUGUGUUCCAUCCUCAGCUCCUUCUUUGCCCCAGGGUCUCCCAGAGGAUCUACUGGCCUUGAAGCUCAAGCUGCAUUAGCAGGAGUAAUAAUAAGGGCAACCAACAGCUCCUGUUCUGAAGCAUCUCCUUAUGCUUUUCUGCAUUCUGUAUUGAGUUCUCAUAAACAGUCUUGAGAGGAAUGUUCUUUCAUUAGCUUCAUUAGACAGAUGGGAACACUAAGGGGCAGUGAGCUGUUCAGGACCUCACAGUAAGAAUGCCCUUUCAGUUCUGAGGGUCUUGGCAUCUUUGAUCUCCCCCCAAUCCUUCCCACCUCUGCUGGCUGCCUCACCCGAACAUUGUGGACCUGGUUGAGACCAGCAGCCUCUGGUUCAGUCCUUCCGGGGGUCCGAUCUGUAGUGGUUAGGGGUGGGAGGUUGGGGGUUUGGGAUCAUCUUAGAUUCUGCCCCACAUUGAGAGGCUCUCAAGCCCUCUCCACUCUUCAAGCUUACCCGGAUCCCUGAGGUUCCCCACGGCCACCUGGAUGCUGGCUUCAGAGCUCCCGCUCCCCAUCCGGGGCCGUCGGAGACCCUGUUCCCCCACAGGAGAGGGUAGUCAGAAAAGGGAGACAGGCAGGCAUGCAAAGGGAGAGGCAAACCACUGUUCAGUCUUUCUCGCAUCCCCCACCCCACUCAUGGGAUCCUUCUCACCUCCUCCUCGCCCCCAAGCAGCACCAGUCUUCCAUCAAGCAGGGUGAAGCCCCCAAUGUCCCAGACAGGCACAUCAGGUGCAGGGGCCUCAGGAAUCUGUGGGGCAGGAGGCUCUGGUUCUGGCUCCAGCUCUGGCUCUGGGCAGAGGAUGAGGUACUGGGGACCUGGGAGUCCUUUCCUCUCCCUCAGGCCCCCCUCUCCAUUUAUCAAGCCCCAUUAGGAGUUCCCUCCUAGGUGCCUUGCCUCCUUCCCAGCAACCAUGUCAGAAUGUAUGACCUUAGGUAAGUCUCUACCCCUCUCUGGGCCUUGUACCCACCAACCAUGGGUAAUUAUUCCCAUUUGACUGAUGGGGAAACUGAGGCUCAAGGAGGUGAAGAAAUUAAGAUAUGGAGAGCAGGAGGCAGCUGAGAUGGAUAUCCAGGCAGGAGGUGAUGAGCCUGGGCCAUCAGAUAUGAGAAGAGACCCGUUGGAGCUGAGAGCCAUUUGACAUCUGGACACAGCCCAUCUGCUAUGUACUCAGUACUGUGUCGACUCUUUUAUACACCUUCUCUCAUUUAAUCCUCCAACAGCCCUAUCAUAACCCCAGUUUUACUGAGAAGGACACUGAGGCCCAAAGAAUUUGAGUGACUUGCCUAGGGUCACACAGCUCAUGAAUGGUUGAGCCAGGCUUCAGACACAAAUCUUCUGUCUUAACCAGGACAGCGGGUAGGUCCCAGAGGUUAUAAUACAAGACACCAGCUGUGGUCCCUUACAUAAAUAACCAAUCUACGGUGGAAAGUGUUCAAAGGAACAGAAAACGGUCAGGCUAGAGGGCAGGAGAAUAUGAGGCAGCUGAGGUGGAUAUCUAGUAAGGAGAGGAUGAGCCUGGUCCAUCGGAUAUAGGAAAUCUGUCAAGGCUGAGAGCCAUUUGGCAUCUGGACAGUGCUACUCUGAGUCUAUUCCUUAUUCUUUUCCCCAGAUUGGACUCCCAGCCCCUGGUUGCCUGGCCAUUCCCCCCAGCCCCCAGGCCCUGGGUUAGGUGGAAGAGGGAAGAGGGCAGCUGGGCCCCAGCCACUUCCUGCUGAGCUUUUGCAGUCCCCACAGCUUCCUGUGUCUGUAGAGCUGAUGCUCUGGAGGCAGACAAAACCCAAGCAUCCGGCCUCCCAGCCCAGCCCAGGCUCAGGGUGGGGGACCUAUGUACCUGGGUGCUGUGUCUCUGGCUCCGGCUCCAGUGGUGGGCUCUUAUGCUUCCCCCAGAGGGUCUUGGAUAGCCGGAGGCGGCUCGUCCUCGGCUCCUUUUGGGGUGCGGAGAGGACACGACGGAACAGCGAGCGAGGUGCUGGCUGGCUGCUGACCACGGGUUCCGGGUGGCUCAGCGCCCUUCCCCAGCCCGUGAAGCGACCCCAGCGGGACCCUCCAGCCCCCUUCUCACCGCCAUUCCCUGUGUGCCAGCGGUAGGAGCUCAGCGAGGUGGGGGCUGUGAGCUGGGGUUGGGAGGCUCGGCAGGGUGAUGGUGGGUCCAUGGUGGGGGGGUCCCCUGGGGAGAGAGGCUGACAGUUCUGCCUGUUGUCUGCCCACAUGCCACCCUCAUCUUGGCCCCCUUCCCACUCUCAGGUCUGCCACUAGGGACCCCCUUGGGGGCACACACACUCCCUUCCUGCAGUUGCUCCCUUACCUCGAUUUCCUGACCAGCCCUAGACUCAGCAGCCGUCUGCACCCUGCCUGGCUUCCUCCUGCUGAACCCAACUCCACGUGACCCUGUCUGUCCCACCCCACCCCGCAACCAGGCUGGGAGGGCACAGCGGGGGCAGGAUGCUGAGGGGAGAAGAGAUGGCAGUAGGUUUCUGGCCAGAAGGAUCCAGAGUCCCUCACUGAGCAGGAGGCAGUCUCUCUGAGCCUCGGUUGCCUUCUCUGCAAAAUGGGCACAGGCUGGUGAGAGUAUGGAGCAACGGGAACUCUCGUUCACUACUGUUCAAAUGUAGAGAGAUUCACCGACGCUGGAGAAGUGUUUGGGAUGCCCUACUAAAAGUGAACACACACCUCUCCAAUGGCCCAGCAAUUCUACUACCAGCUGUGCACCCAGCAGAAAUGCCCGUUCUUGAUGUGAGUUGCCGUGGAGUUGAUUCUGACUCAUGGCAACUCCAUGUCUUACUGAGCAGAACUGACCCAGAGUAUCCUUGUCUGUAAUCUUAACAGCAGCAGAUCGACAGGCCUUUUUCUUCUGCAGUGCUGGUGGGUGGGUUAGAACUGCCAACAUUUAGCUUAGCAGUUGAGCGCAAACUGUGCCACCUACCAAGCCUAUUAAAAAUGUAUAUAUACUUUUAUAUAUAUAUAAUAUAUAUACACAUACCACUCAUUGCUAUCAAGCCAAUUCCAACUCAUAGCGAUCCUACAGAACAGAGUAGAACUGCCCCAUUGGGUUUCCAAGGCUGUCAUCUUUAUGCAAGCAGACUGCCACACCUUUCUCUUGCAGAAAUGCUGGCGGAUUCGAACUGCUGACAUUUCGGUUAGCAUCUGUGUGCUUAACCACUGAACCACCAGGGCUCCUUAUGUAUAUGUACAUAUAAUAUAGAUAUAAUUGUAGUGAGUAUAUAUAUAUAACAAAGAAUUUGCCGUUUCAACGUAUUUUACAUGUACAAUUCAGCGACAUUAAUCACUUUUAUGUUGUGCAACCAUCACCACCAUCCGUUUUUAAAUUAUUAUAUCGCCAUUAACAGAGACUCAGAGCCCCCUAAGCAAUGACUUUCCCUUCCCCAUCCCUCCCACCCUUGGUAGCCACUAAUAAGCUUUGGUAUCUAUACGUAUGUUUCAUAGUCAUCCAGUGCUGCUACAACAGAAAUACCACAAGUGGAUGGCCCCAGCAAAGAGAAAUCCAUUCUCUCAUUGUCUAGUAGGCUACAAGUCCAAAUCCAGGGUGUCAGCUCCAGGAGAAGGCGCUCUCUCUCUGUCGGCCCUGCAGUAAACUUCCCGUCAUCGGCCUUCCCUUGGCCUGGGAGCAUCCCAGCGCAGGAACCUCAGGUCCGAGGGACGCGCUCCGCUCCGGGCGCUGCUCUCUUGGUGGUAUGAUGGUCCCACAUCUCUCUGCCCAAUUCUCUCUUCCAGACCUCGAAAAAGAUUGGCUCAAGACACUCCUAGUCUUGUAGACCUCAUCAACAUAACUGCCACUAAUCCAUUUGAUUACAUCAUAGUGAUAGGAUUCACAGCACACAGGGAGAUCACAUCAGAAGACAAAAUGGUAGACACUCAUACAAUUGUAUAAGGGAAUUAUGACCCAGCCAAGCUGACAGACAUCUCUGGGGGACACAAUUCAAUACACGACAUUAUGCCACUUCUAGAUAUUUCAUGUAAAUGUAUCCCAUUUGUAAUAGCCCCUAACUAGAAAUAAUGUAAGUGUUCAUAUAUAAUAGCAUGGAUACAUUGGGGCCUCGUCCCACGAUGGAGUACUAUACAGCAAUGAGAACAAACUACUGAACAACUCAACUCAGAUGGAAUCAUAAACCCAAUGAUGAGCAAAAAACAAAACAAAAAGCCCCCAAAAGAAAGACAAAACAAAAAACUCAAACAGGCAAUCAAGAGUUUAAACUCUAUGACUGCAUUUAUGUAAAGUUCAAAGGCAGGCAAAACUAUGUAUAACAAGUCAGAAUAGGGACUGGGAGGGGACAGGAGGUGGGCUCUGGGAAAUGGUCAUGUUCUAUUUCUAUUAUUAUUGAGGUGAAAUUCACGUAACAUAAACUUAAUGUAUUCUAUUUCUGGAGCUGGAUGCUGGUUACAUGGGUGCGUUCCAUUCUGAAAAUUCACUGAGCAAUAGAUAAACUUUUUUGUGCAUUUUCUGUAUCUCUGUUUUAUCUCAACCAAUGUUUACUUGGAAAAAAGAAGUGGGUUGAUCUGAGAAAUACGAGUCAGUGUGAGAAUUAACAGAGUGCCAGGAGCUGGAUGGGAGUGGGGGGUGGUUGAGUGCCAGGUGGCCCCCCUCUCUCGCUGUGUGACCCCAGGCAAGUCACUUCCUGUCUCCGAGCCUUGGUUUCCUGAUUUGUACAACAGGAUGAGAAUAUCAGUUUCAAAAGAUUCAUUCUGAGAGUCUUCUUUUAUUCAACAAGUGUUUCCUGAAACCCUACUCUGUACUGAGGGCUGGAGAAUCAAGAACUAAACAGACUUAGAGCUUACAGGCCCGUGAGGGAGACAGAUUCUGAAGGCAAACGAAGCACAUUUCUAGUUGAACUGGAGUAGCGCUAAGCUGAAGUGAUGCUCUUUGAGCUGGAAAAAUCAGGGAGGGCCUCCUUGAGGAGGUGACAUUUACAACCUGAAGCAAGAUAAGGAGCCAGCCAUACAAAGGAUGUGCCGGCUAGAAGAAGCAGUUUGUGAAAAGGCCUAUCUAAUUUUUGGCUGAAAAGUGGACUUCAGGAGUGGCUUCAGUUCUAAGAGGGUGUCCAGGGACCAUAGUUUCAGGGGUUGCUCCAGUCUCUGUCAGUCGCCAACACUGGGAACUAAGACACUGCCUGUGUGACAAGCAGCCCAAAAGUGUCGGCAGAUGAACACCUCCUUGAGAACAGCCCUCAUCCAAUGAUUGAUUUUAUGAGGAUGAAGGCCUUUUCUAUGCUGGCCCCAAGUCCAAGGAAGCUCCUCAGAUGGCCACAACAGUUCAAAUCCUGGCUGUGUUCCUACCAGGCUGUAUGACCUUGGGUAUUUCCUGGAUGCCUGGUAGUUGGAGGCCCUUUGUUUGGCCCUGGGGAGACAGCUGGGGAGACAGCGAUGAGCCGGAGACCAGUUGCCAGUCUUCCCAAGUGUCUGCCAACCUGCCCAGCCUCAGUCUCUCACUUUCAGUUCUCUCUCCUGGCCUCCGCGUCUCUGUCCACCUGGACCUCAGGUGGGGGCCCCGGCCCCGCCCGGCUCAGAGGCACGCAGGGCUCAGGAGAGGGGCCGGGCCGGGGGCGGUCCGGGGCGGGCCUCGCGGCACGGCCGGGCAGGGUUAAAGGGCCAGCCGCCGACAGCGCUGGUAGAACGAAGGUUGCGGUGCCGGCGGACCCAGACUGAGACCCGCGGGGGUAUGAUACUGAGGCUCAGAGAUGGCAAGCAGUUUACCCAGGGUCACAGCCAGAGCUGACAGCAUCAGGCUCCUCUCCAAGUACUCCAAGCUGCCGGCUAGCCCUGCAGCGUAGGAACCUCCCCGAGUCCCCCCAGCCAUCCUCAUUCUACAGGUGGGGAAAUCAAGGCCCAGAGAAGGUAAGUCUGUGUCCGCGGGCAGCCACUGGGGGAGCUGGGAUUUGAACAAAGCAGCCUGCUGUGACCUCCAAAAUCCUGGGCACUUUCCGAUGGCCGCAGUGUCUCUGUACAAGCCAGCUUGGGUUUCUGAGCAGUAACAUUAGCUCUGGGCUGGUGGCCGGCAGUGACCUGGGUUGGUAUCUGAGAGAAGGGCUUGGAUGACCGAGGAGAUGUUCAGAGAACGGGUCACCAUCUCUCCUCACUGGUGAGCUUUAGACCUGACUCUCCAAAUCCCAGGUGACUGGGAAUAAGAGCCACUAUGAUGGCAGCACACAUAGAACAGGCGGUACCUUGGAUGGAGGGCUUGUUGUGUGCCAGGCAUUGAGCCAAGUAUCUUUAUCACAGCCCCUUGAGGUGGGUCAUAUGAUUCCUGUUUCAUGGACAGGGCACAGACACUCGCCUUAGGCCACACAGCUAAGAGACAGAGCUUUCUAGAAUCUUGUCUGGUGCUCACAUCCAGUGUGAAUGGUGGGGAGAGAUGAUCAGCUCUAAAAUGACCUAGACUGGUGGUGUUUAAAUUUGUUCUGCUGGGAUCCCCUUGGGUCAAGGAAGGUGCAGGCAGAAGGCCAAAAUAUGCCAAAAGUGGUGCUAGGGUGUCCCCUUUUUUUCUACUUGACUUUGCCCUCAUUAGUCAUAACCGUCAAAAGGAAAGAUGUCACUUUGAGGACUAAGGUGUGCUUGACCCAAGCCAUGGUAUUUUCAAUUGCCUCUUAUGCAUGAGAAAGCUGGACAGUGAAUAAGGAAGAUUGAGGAAGAAUAGAUGCAUUUGAAUUAUGAUGUCGGCAAAGAAUAUUGACUAUACCAUGGACUGCAGAAGAAUGAACAAAUCUGUCUUGGAAGAAGUACAGCCAGAAUGCUCCUUAGAAACAAGGAUGGUGAGACUUCAACUCACAUACUUUGGACAUGUUAUCGGGGGACCAGUCCUUGAAGAAGGGCAUCAUGUUUGGCAAAAUAGAGGGUCAGUGAAAAAGAAGAAAACCCUCAAUGAAAUGGAUUGACACAGUGGCUACAAUGAUUGGGCUUAAACAUAGCAACAAUUGUGAGGAUGGCACAGAGCUGGGCAGCUUUUCAUUCUGUUGUCUAUAGGGUUGCUAUGAGUCUGAACCAACUCAGAGGCACCGAAUAACAACAACAAUGUCAUAACUGCCCCCUGAAACUCUUUCUCAGGACCCCAGGAAUUUGGAGUGCUCAGAGUGGGUGGGGCUUGGCACUUUGGGGGAAUGUAAGUGUCUGGGGCUGGGGCAGCUCUUUGGUGUUGAGGGACUCAAGGAGUGCCAUGAGCUCUGGAUAGGGGAGGGGGGCUACAUUGACUACGGCCUGGGAGUAGAGUGAAAGGAAGGGCUGAGUUGUAGGGUACCGUGGUAGGCAUCGGGUCUGGCUCUUUCAGGGCUGCAGCCAUCCACGUCCUAUAUUUCUUCUGAUGAGGCCACACACCUGAUGUAACGAGUCCCUGGCCUGUGGCUGGGCCAACCUGACAAACCUGCGCCCCGUGGGUGUGGGCCUCACUGGGGAGCCAGUCACCUGGCACCUCCACAGCCAGGUAAUGCCGGCUCCAGCAGGGUGGACGGGGGUGCAUUUUCUGGGUGGGGCUGCUGGAGCCACCUUCCCUGAGUGUCUGGAGUGUGAUUUGGGGCCUGACAGCCACCCUGUGUGUUCCAUCUCCACGUUUCUCUCACUUCUAUAAAAUAAUAAUGACAUAAUAAUACCAGCUAAUAUCUUGUACACUAUGGGCCAAGCCCUUUCUGUGCCUUAUCUCAUAGAACUGUCUCAAACAAUCUUUGGAGGGGAGGGCCUGCCAUGAUUAACCCAUUUUACAGAUUGGCAAACAGAGGCUGAGGGUGGCAAAUGAACUCAUCUAAGGCCUCUUGACUGGGUAGAGGCAGACUGUCAUUUGAGUCAAAAGCCCACGUUUUAAAGGAUGAUGCAAACUCAAAGCAGCUUCUCAUAUUAUUUUGAAUUUUUUAAGUUGAAGGAUAAUAUAGGUGUGGGAAGUCCACACCCCAGAGGUGGAUAGCCCAGGAAUUUUCACAAGCUGGACCCACAUGUGUCACGAAUACCCAGAUCAUGAAGAGAAUAGUUAUCAGCCCCCCUAACCUGCUCCCCUCAUCUUUAUUUACUUUUUAAAAAAUUAUUGUGAUAAAAUAUAUAUAACAAAAAAUUUACCACCUUAACUAUUUUUUUCCAAUGUAUGUAUUUUUAUUGUACUUUAGACGAUGUUUCACAGUACAAACUAGCUUCUUAUCAGACAAUUAGUACACAUAUUGUUUUGUGACAUAGGUUACUAACCCCAUGACACGUCAACACUCUCCCUUCUUGACCUUGGGUUUCCUAUUACCAGCUUUCCUGACCCUUUCUGCCUUCUAGUCCUUGCCCCUGGUCUGGCAUGCCCCUUCAGUCUUGUAUUGUUUUAUAGGCCUGUCUAAUCUUUGGCUGAAGGGUGAACCUCAGGAGUGACUUCAUUAUUGAGCUAAGAGGGUGUCCGGGGGCCAUAGUUUCGGGGUUUCUCCAGUCUCUGUCAGGCCAGGAAAUCUGGUCUUUUCUUGUGAGUUGGAAUUUUUUUCUACAUUUUUCUCCAGCUCUGUCCGGGACCUUCUACUGUGAUCCCUGUCAGAGCAGUCAGUGGUGGUAGCCAGGCACCGUCUAGUUGUGCUGGACUCAGUCUGGUAGAGGCUGUGGUAGUUGUGGUCCAUUUGUCCUUUGGACUAAUCUUUCCCUUGUAUCUUUAAUUUUCUUCAUUCUUCCUUGCUCCAGAUGGAGUGAGACCAGUGAAGUGUCUUGGAUAGCUGCUCACAAGCUUUUAAGAUCCCAGAUGCUACUCACCAAAGUAGAAUGUAGCACUUUUUCUUUAUAAACUCUGUUAUGCCAAUUGAGCUAGAUGUUCUCUGAGACCAUGGUCCCCACAGCCCUCAGCCCAGCAGUUAGGUCCCUGAGGGCCUUUGGAUGUGUCUAUGGAGCUUCCAUGACCUUGCCUUGGACAAGCUGUGCUGGCUUCCCCAGUGUUGUGUACUCUUUUACCCUUCGCCAAAGUUACUACUUAUCUUUUGUCUGCUUAGUGCAUUUUAACUAUUUUUAAGUGUAGAAUUCAGUGACAUUAAUUAUGUUCACUAUGUUGUGCAACCAUUGCCACUAUCCAUUUCACAGAACUGUUUCCCAUCACCCCAGACAGAAACUCAGUACGCUUUUCUUAAUUUAUUUUUGUUAACUUCAACAAAUUAGCUUUCAUAAUUCCUUAAAAUAUAUUUUUGAAGGGGUGAUAUGUGCUCAUGGUAUAGGAAAUCAAAGACCCAGAAAGUUGGAGAGGGAAAGUUAGGUCUUCAAAAGUUAGGUAUCUAUUCAUUCAUCGUGGCUCCUCAAAACUUGUUUUUUGGCAUUUUUUAAAUCAAGGCAAAAUUCACCUAACAUCAAAUUCACCAUUAACCAUGUUAAAGUGAAUCAUUGUGUGGUGUUGAGUCCAUUCACAGUGUUGUGCAACCGUUAACAGCUAUCUAGUUUCAAAAUGUGUUCAUCACCCCAAAAGGAAUCCUCAUAGCCAUUAACUGUCACUUCCCAUUUCCUUUACCCCUCUCCCCUUGACACCAUAAUUUACCUUCUGUGUCUCUGCAUUUGCCUGUCCUAGAGAUUUCAUAUAAGUGGAAUCAUACAAUAUUUGUCCUUUUGUGUCGGACUUAUUUCACUCAGCCUGAUGUUUUCAAGGUUCACCCGUGUUGUAGCAUGCAUCAGGGCUUCACUUCUCCUUAUGGCUGAGUAAUAUUCUAUUGCGUGGAUGGACCAUGCAGUGAUGGACAUUUUGGUCACCUUUUGGCUAUUGGGAAUAGUGCUGCAAUGAACAUUGGAUACAUGUAUCUGUCUGAGUCUUUGCCUUCAGUCAUUUUGGGUGUAUCCCUAGGAGUGGAAUUGCUGGGUCAUAUGGUAACUAUGUUUCACUUUUUGAGGACCCACCAAACUCUUUCCACAGUGGCUUCUGGGGGUGUCAGACAUAACCAAGCUUGUUGGGGGUUGUGGAGGAAUUCAGCUGCAGAAAGCAGAGGACUCCACCAGUGUACCCGUUUACUGAGCUUCUCCUGUGAGCAUCCAGUGACUCUCUUGCUAUUAUCCCUACUUUGAGAUGAGAAGCCUGAGGCUCCCAGGGAGAGUUUCUGCUGGGGACCCCAGCGUAUGCUCAGCAGCCUAUGGUGUAUGUGAAUGUGUGUGCAUGUACCUGCAUGUAUUAGUGCAUAUGUGUACACGUGCGUGCAUGUGUGUGUUUGUGUCUAAGUGUGAAUGUGUGUACAUGAAUGUGUGAGUUCAUGUGUGUGUGUGUGUGAGUGUGUGCAGGGGGGUGAGGUGGGCACCUCUCCCAUUCCUGACCCUCCCCAUCCACCCACCAGGAGCAAGGACUCCUUCUCCAGGGGCUGCAGUUUCUCUUGCCCCAGUUCCUUCCCAUCUCAGUCCUUUAGAAAGGCAUUUCCUGUGUCAGAAUUUCACCUGGGCUUUUUCUGGGUGUGGGUGCUGUGACUCCAUCCAGAGGCCUCCCAGGGUUACUGGGAAGAGGAAAUAAGUGACUGUAAAAGACACUGCAUACAGCAGGAGCUCAAUCAUUCUUCUCCUAGCAUGAGGGAGGGGGCAGCCAACUGUGAAAGACAGAAAUGGACAAUUGAGGCAGAGCUGGGGCCUGAAGGAUGGAGAGGAGCUGGCAUAGGCAGAGCUGGGGGAGAUCCAUGCAGGAGGGAGGGAACAGCACGCCCAAAGACUCCAAGAUGGGAAUGAGCCUGGCCUAUCCAAGGAACAUCCAGAGGAGUUGGAGGAGUGGCUGGAGUUGAUUGAGAGAGGGAAUAGUGUGGGAGUGAGGGUGGGAGGUGGAAUUGGAGAGGUCAGCAGAGAUCAGACCACACAGGGCGUUGCUCCAGGUGAGGAGCCUGAAUUUAUUCAGGGUGUAAGGGGGAGCCAUAGAAGGAUUUUGAACAGGAAAGCAUCAUGAUCUGGUUUAAUUUUUUUCUUUGACUGCAUCUCUUUAUUUUUAAUUUUUUUAUUGUGGUAAAAAUAUAUAUAACAAAACUUUUGCCAGUUCAACAAUUUCUACAUGUACAAUUCAGUGACAUUGAUUACAUUCUUCAAGUUGUGCGAUCAUUCUCGCUAUCCUUUUCCAAAUUAUUGUACCACCAUUAACAGAAGCUCGGUGCUCCCUAAGCAAUGACUCCUCCUUUCCCCCUCCCUCCCACUGUUGUUGUUGUUGUUGGGUGCGUUGGGUCGGUUCUGACUCACAGCAACCUUAUGUACAACGGAAUAAAACAUUGCCCAGUCCUGCACCAUCCUCACGAUCAUUGCUAUGUUUGAGCCCAUUUUUAUAGCCACUGUGUUGAUCCAUCUCGUUGAGUGUCUUCCUCUUUUUCACUGAUCCUCUACUUUACCAAGCACAUUUUCUAUCUUAGGCUGGGUUCUCUAGAGAAGCAGAACCAGUAAAGCAUAAUAUAUGUAUAGGUUAUAUAUAUAUAUAUUUAUAUCAAGGAAACAGCUCAUGAGAUUUUAGAGGCUGGAACAGCCCAAGUCCGUGGAUCAGGACAGAGGUUUAUCCUGAUUCACGUAGCUGCAGAGGCUGGUGAACCCAAGACCAGCAGGUUGGAGAGCAGGGCUCUUGCUCACAGGCUGUGAAGUUUGAUGAAUCCCAAGACUGGCAGGCAAGACUGCAUGGCUUCUCCUGAUUCAUAGAGCUGCAGGGGCUGGUGAACCCAAGAUUAGUAGGUUGUAGAGCAGGACUCUUGCUCACAGGCUGUGAAGACUGAUGAACCCCAAGAUCAUGAAGUAAGCUGUUAGCUCAAGUCCCCAGAACUGGAGGUCAGAUGAACAAGAGGCAGCUGCAGGAUCCAGAACCAGGCAGAAGGUCUGGCAAGGCAAGCAGGAAGGAAAUAGUCUGCCGAGGGCAGAGAGCAGCCUCAGAUGAAGGCUGAGGGGGUGGUGAGCUGCCACAUGCCGCGUCCCCGUUGGUACCAAUCUGCAGGUUCUACUGUGGGGGUGAUCAUAUAUCAGAUUUCAACAGGGAAGUGAUCACAACAUUAUACAACUGCCAAACCACUGAGAAUCAUGGCCCAGCCAAGCUGACACACAAUCUUAACCGUCACAGUGUCCUUCUCCAGGGACUGGUCUCUCCUGAUAACAUGACCAAAGUAUGUAAGAUGAAGUCUCGCCAUCCUUGUUUCUAAUAAGCAUUCUGGCUGUACUUCUUCCAAGACAGAUUUGUUCGUUCUUCUGGCAGUCCAUAGUAUAUUCAAUAUUCUUCACCAAUACCGUAAUUUAAAUGCAUCAAUUCUUCCUUGGUCUUCCUUACUCAUUUUCCAGCUUUCACAUGCAUAUGAGGCCACUGAAAAUACCAUGGCUUGGGUCAGAUGCACCUCAGUCCUCAAGGUGACAUCUUUGCUUUUCAACACUUUAAAGAGGUCUUUGGCAGCAGGUUUGCCCAAUGCAAUGCAUCUUUUGAUUUCUUGACUGCUGCUUCCAUGGUAUUGUGGAUCCAAGUAAAAUGAAAUCCUUUAUAACUUCAAUCUUUUCUCCAUUUAUGUUGCUUAUUGGUCCCAUUUUGAGGGUUUUUGUUUUCUUUAUGUUGAGUUGUAAUCCAUACUGAAGGCUGCGGUCUUUGAUCUCCCCCCUAGUAAUCACUAAUUAUCUUUGCUUAUUUCUACACAUUUGCUUAUUUUUUUAACAAGUGGGAUCAUAGUCCUUAUGUGACAAACUUAUGUCACUCAGCAUCAUGUUUUCAAGGUUCAUCUAUGUUGUAGCAGGUGUGAGAACUUCACUUCUAGUUACGGCUGAGGAAACUCCAUUGUGUGGCUGGAGCGCAUUUUGCUCGUUCAUCUGUUGGUGGACAUUUGGUUGUUCCUACCUUUUGGCUAUUGUGUUCUGGAGGCCAGAAGUUCAACAUCAGUUCCACAGGACCAAAAUCAUGGUGUCAGUGGAGCCAUGCCCUCUCUGAAGACUCUGGAGGAGAAUCCUUCCUUGCCUCUCCCAGCUCCUGGGGGAUCCAGGCAUUCCGGGGCUUGCGGCUGCAUCACUCCCAUCUCCGUGUCCAUUGUCACAUUGCCUUCUCCUCUGUGUCUGUGUCCAGCCUCCUUCUUGUAAAGACACUUGUAAUUACAUUCGGGGCUCAGUGGAUAAUCCAGGAUCAUCUCCCCAUUAUCUCAAGAUCCUUAAUCACAUCUGCAAAGACUUUGCCAUAUAAGGAUGCUGCCCAUUACAGAUCACCUGCUGUGCCUGCUGGGGCUCGAGAAGACGAUGUUCCGCCGGUAUGCCGUGUCCGUGAUCCUUCUCUCCCUGCUCUUCUUCCUCUUCCGCCUGCUGCUGCAGUUCCUGUGUGUCUGCAGGCACUUCUAUGUCACCUGCCGCCGCCUGCGCUGCUUCCCCCAGCCGCCGCGGCGCAACUGGCUGCUGGGCCAUCUGGGCAUGUACCUUCCAAAUGAGGCAGGCCUCCGAGAUGAGACAAAGUUGCUGAACGACAUGCGACAUGCACUGCUUAUAUGGAUGGGACCUGUUCUGCCGCUGGUGGUGCUAGUGCACCCCGACUAUAUCAAGCCUCUGUUGGGCGCCUCAGCGGCCAUCGCUCCCAAGGAUGACCUUUUCUAUGGCUUCCUGAAACCGUGGCUGGGGGAUGGGCUGCUACUCAGCAAAGGUGACAAGUGGAGCCGCCACCGCCGCCUGCUGACACCUGCCUUCCACUUUGACAUCCUGAAGCCCUACAUGAAGAUCUUCAACCAGUGCACAGAUAUCAUGCAUGCCAAAUGGCGGCGCCGGGCGGAGGGUUCAGUGGUCUCCCUCGACAUGUUUGAGCACAUCAGCCUCAUGACUUUGGACGGCCUUCAGAAAUGUGUCUUCAGCUACAACAGCAACUGCCAGGAGAAGAUGAGUGAUUAUAUCUCAGCCAUCAUUGAGCUAAGUGCCCUGGUGGUUCGGCGCCAGUAUCGCGUGCACCACCACCUCGAUUUCAUCUACUACCUCACAGCGGAUGGGCGGCGUUUCCGGCAAGCCUGUGACACCGUGCACCACUUCACCACUGAGGUCAUCCAGCAGCGGCGGCAGGCACUGCGAAAGCAGGGAGCUGAGGCCUGGCUGAAGGCCAAGCAGGGCAAGACCUUGGACUUCAUCGAUGUGCUGCUCCUGGCCAAGGAUGAAGAUGGUAAGGAACUGUCUGAUGAGGACAUCCGAGCUGAGGCUGACACCUUCAUGUUUGAGGGUCAUGACACAACCUCCAGUGGGCUCUCCUGGGUGCUGUUCAACUUGGCGAAGUACCCAGAGUACCAGGAGAAGUGCCGGAAGGAGAUUCAGGACAUCCUGAAAGGCCGGGAGCUGGAUGAGCUGGACUGGGAUGACCUGACUCAGCUGCCCUUCAUCACUAUGUGCAUCAAGGAGAGUCUACGUCAGUUCCCGCCUGUGACCCUCGUUUCCCGCCGCUGCACAGAGGAUGUCAAGCUCCCAGAUGGGCGCAUCAUCCCCAAAGGAGUCAUUUGCCUGGUCAGCAUCUAUGGGACCCACCACAACCCCUUAGUGUGGCCGGACUACAAGGUUUACAACCCAUACCGCUUUGACCCGGAGAACCCACAGCAGCGCUCACCGUUGGCAUAUGUGCCCUUCUCUGCAGGACCCAGGAACUGCAUCGGACAGAGCUUUGCCAUGGCUGAGAUGCGCGUGGUGGUAGCGCUGACGCUAUUGCGCUUCCGCCUGAGCGUGGACCGAACGCGCAAGGUGCGGCGGAAGCCAGAGCUCAUUCUGCGCGCCGAGAACGGCAUCUGGUUGAACGUGGAGCCACUGCCUCCACGGGCCUGAGCGCGGGCCCUUGGUACUGGGGACAGGCUGCGCCCAGAGAGACUCAAGCCCCGCCCCGAGGGCCCAGGCCCCACCCCCGGAGGACUGGGCUCCACCUUUGAGCAGCCCGAUGGUGCAGGCCACUCUCCUGAAGGCAAAACUGCAUUCCCUGAGGGCCUGGCCCUGCCUCUUGAGCGCACGGACCGUGCCUUUUGAAGUCCAUGCUCUGCCCCUGGAGGACCAGGCUUCACUUUUGAGAAGCCUGAUGGUGCAAGCCAUGCCCCUCAAGGCAAGACUUGUCUCUUGAGGGCCUGACCCGAUCCCCUCAGUUCCAGUUCCUGUCCUCAGGAGUUUGAGAGACCAGGCUCGGCCCCGCCCCCCGAAGCUAAGACCACGCCCCCACAGGUGUAGGGUCCCAGGUUCCGCUCAUUGAGCCUUCCCAAGACCUAAGCCCCACCUCUUGGAUUCAAGCUCCGCCCCAUGCCGACACCAGGCUUGCUUCCAAAUUCAGGUCUUGGGAGCUGGACCAGGAAGUCAGAGCCCUGGCCCUGGACCUCACUUCCCUCCUACGAUGGGCUGCCUCCCAGGGCUCAGUAUGUUUGCUUUUGUUGUUCUUUUGUAAAUACAGUCCCUUGCAAGCCCCUUCCUUCCUCCCUUGCUCAAGGGUCCUCCUCUGAGUGUUCUGAGUUUUGUAGAAUAAAACAAGAGAUGCGUCUAGCCAGACCAGACCCUUACCCCUCCUGUGAGGGGAUCUGGGUCAUGGGGAAGCAGUAGGGUGAAGCUGUAGGGUUGGAGUUUUAGAAGCUGUUUGUCUUUGGAUAUAAACUUGGGACAGUUCGUGCAAUCAUUUAUUCCAUCAACAGACCACAUAUUAGUUAAACGUCUCCUGGUACUGGCAGGCCUGCUGAUGGGUCGCAUGUGGGGUCUGGGAGAAGGAAGGGGACUCCAGGUUUGGGUCUGAGUAUCUACAAGGAUGGCACUGCUAUGAACUUAGGUGGGGAACAUUGAAUGGAGUUAGUUGCUUUUUUUGGGGGGGUGUGGGAUCAGGAUCUCAGUUUAGGCCAGAGGGUUUGGAGAUGCCCCUGGGACUCCCACUUGGAGAUGUCAAGUGGGCAGGUGAAUGGGACAGGUCUGGAGCUCAGGAGGAAUUCUGAGUUGGGGAUGUGCAUGUGGCAUGCACAGUGUUUGUUGUUGUCAACCGCCACCAAGUCAGCUCUGACUCAUGGCGACCCCAUGUACAACAGAAUGAAACGUUGCCCAGUCCUGCAUCGUCAGGAUCGUUGGUAUGCUCGAGUCUAUUGUGGCAGCCACUGUGUAUUUUGAGUGCCUUCCACCCUGGGAGGUUCAUCUUUCAGCACUGGAAGAUACUGGACAACACUGGACAACAUUCUGUUAUAAUCCAUAGGGUUUUCAUUGGCUGAUUUUUGGAAGUAGAUUGCCAGGCCUUUCUUCCUAGUCUUAGUCUGGAAGCUCUGCUGAAACCUGUCCACCAUGGGUGACCCUGAUAGUGUUUGAAAUACUGGUGGCAUAGCUUCCAACAUCACAGCAACAUGCAAAUCACCACAGUGCAACAAAUUGACAAUAUGUAAAUGGUGUUUAAAGCCCCAAGACUGAAUAGGGCUCCCAGGGGUGAUGGAGGAGAGGUUUAAGGACUAAGCUCCAGGGUCUUCAAAGUUAGUAUAACAAAAUUUAGUGUAUCGAGAGUGUUUCCUGUGUGGCCUUCCCAUAUAAUCUCAUUUCAUCCUUACUCCGGUCUUCUGAAAUGAGUACUGUUAUUAUUAGCCCAUUGAACAGAGUUGGAAACUGAGGCUCGUGCAUCAAGUGACUCACCCAGGAUCCUACAAGAAUGCCCUUACGCUGGGGCCUCAGUGGGGCCCUUAGUCCUUUUCUGCCCUGUUCCCCGGUCUUCUGGUCCUGGUUUGUGUUGCUAGCCUCCGUUUGCCUGGGACAGGGUGUCAGCAGGGGCUGGGGUGAGGUGGGGGGCGCCUAGGACAGGCGCCAAGGCCUGGGAGCAGGGUGAUGCUGGAGGCGGCAGUAGCAUCGGUCCUGGGGCGCCCCCUCGUGGGGUGUGCUGGGAUCGUCGGCUGGGUUCUCAGAGUUGAGUCCAGCCCGAGGUUACCAGCCUGUUCCUACAGGACUCACCUGGCUCACGCUGCUGCCGCCUCUCCCAAAGCCCUGUCCUGUCGAGGGUCUCCAAGCGCGCAUCAGUCGCCAAACACCCUCUGGGUCCCCUCGGUGCAACCCUGACGCCGAAACUAGCUUGGCCUUGGGAUGCGAUGUGUGUGGGUUCCAACCCCGGCUCUGCCUCGUCCUAGCAGUGGCUUUGGGCACGUGACUGCCCCUUUCUGAACCUCAGUUCCCUCUUGUUAUGUGGAUUUUACGGGAUCAUCAUGCGUGUAUGGCACAUUGAGAUUCCUUUACAAAAAGCUGUGAUGGUGGACGGAGAGAGGGAGGAGGGA